UAUUAUUGCGAUUGUGAGAGGGACUAUAGACAUGAAGAUCGUCAGUCUCUCAAGAUUUCAGUCUGCGUCGCUAUAAAACUCUAUUACUAUUGAUUCUAUCAUUACAGUACAGUUAUUUAUAACGAAAUUGUUUAUUUCUCAAAGAGAUUAACAACAAUUAGUUUUCUUAAUAACAUUGAGUGUAUAAUUUGUUAAAUCAAUUAAUAAUAAUUGUAUCAUUGCAAUCUUACUGUUAUUGGAAAUCAGAAAUAGAAAAUGCAAUAUCUUCGAUAAGUUACCUACGUCGUAAGAAACAAUUCUUUGAUGUGAAAAGAUGGGCAAAGUUAAAGCUAAAAUGUGCGUAUUAGGAUUUACAUUUAAAAUUUUAUCGAGUUGCGGUUGCUGGAUACCGGAUUCUUGGACGUCUCCGCAUAGACGUUUGAUGUAUCACGUGUACACUGUUUUUAUACUCUUACUGAUAAAUACGUUUACAUUGUCGCAACUUUUGGAUAUAAUUUUGACCGUCAACAAUCCGGAUGAUUUUACGGAUAAUUUUUACAUGCUGCUUGCCAUGAUUGUUUCCUGUUUCAAAAUGUUUAGUCUGUUAAUAAAUCGUAGUAACAUCGCUACGCUAACAGACAUUCUCAUAAACGGACCGUGCAGAGCAUGCGAUCCGGUCGAAGUAGAAAUACAACAGAGAUACGACAAAUUAAUUGAGACAAACACUCUAUAUUAUAUGAUUCUGGUUGAAUUAACAUGCGCAUCUACGGCGGUAGCAUCAUUGCUCACGGAUUACAGGAAAGAAAAAUUAACAUUCAGAGCGUGGCUGCCAUUCGAUUACUACUCUUCGACAACGCUUUUCCAUUUUACGUAUUUCCAUCAAUUAAUAAGUUUGACAGUUGGAUCUGUCUUACAUGUUGCUUGCGAUGGUCUUAUUUGUGGAUUAUUGUUGCAUAUAUGCUGUCAACUAGAGAUAUUAAGUUGUCGUUUGAAAAAUAUUGUACAUAAUCCAAAAAUACUUCGCAACUGUGUUAUUCAACACAAUCUUCUAUUUAAAUUUGCUUUUUUAUUGAACAAAAAAUUCAGAUUUACUAUCACCUUUCAGUUCAUAGUAAGUACGUUAGUGGUGUGCUUUACUUUAUAUCAGUUGACCAAGACAAGUGGAAAAUUUGUUGAAUUAGGAAUGUACAUGUCGUGCAUGUUGACACAAAUUUUUUUAUAUUGCUGGUACGGAAAUGAAGUCAAAUUGAAGAGUCUACAAUUAGUCAAUGACUUAUUUGAAAUAGAAUGGUUUACGUUAGAACAAAAUACAAGAAAGGACUUAUUAACAAUCGCACUACGUGGUAAAAUACCAAUCGAAUUUAGUAGUGCUUACGUUAUACCCAUGAAUUUGGAUUCAUUUGUGGGUGUUAGUAUAAACACAAUAUCACAAUAUUAUUUUACGAUAAUUAAAAAAACGUCAAUUAACUUGCUUAUAAAGUAUUUAAAAAUGCGAAUAUUAGAUGUUACGUUCAGAAUAUUAAUGAUUUGUGGAUGCUGGGUACCGGAUUCCUGGACUACACCGUAUAAACGGUUAGUUUAUCAUGUAUACACUAUUUUCAUAAUGCUGCUUAUACAUACGUUUAUGCUAUCGCAAUUAAUGGAUCUAAUUUUGACCGUGGACAAUGCCAACGAUUUUACCGAUAAUUUUUACAUGCUACUGGCAAUGAUUGUUUCCUGCUGUAAGAUGUUCACUCUGUUGAUAAAUCGCAGUAAUAUUGCGAUGUUAAUUGAUAUUCUUGUAAGGAAACCGUGUAAACCGGUCCAGUCCGAUGAAAUUGAAAUUCAGCAGAAAUUCGAUAAACAUGUACAGACAAACACGCUUGUAUACGCGUUUUGGGUUGAAACAACAUGUCUAUGCAUUGCCGUGACGUCAUUGCUGACAGAAUUCAGGAAAGGAAGAUUGACAUUCAGGGCAUGGCUGCCCUUUAACUAUUCCUCAUCGUUACUGUUUCGCAUCGUAUACGCGCACCAAUUGAUAAGUCUGACAGCCGGAUCUGUUCUCCAUGUUGCUUGUGACGGUCUAAUAUGUGGACUGUUGGUGCACAUUUGUUGUCAGAUAGAAAUAAUCGAGUGUCGUUUACGAAAAGUUGCGCACGAUCAGAAUAUUCUUCGCGAAUCUGUCUUGCAGCACAAUCAUGUAUUCAAAUUUGCCCAUUUGGUAAAUGAAAAAUUUAGAGUGACUAUCCUCAUACAGUUUAUUGUGAGUACAUUGGUAGUAUGUUUUAAUCUUUAUCAAUUUACGAAGUCAACUGCGUUAAGAGCACAGUACAUUCAAUUAAUAAUGUACAUGGGCUGCAUGUUAACACAGAUCUUUUUUUAUUGCUGGUAUGGUAAUGAAGUUAUGUUGAAGAGUCGUCAUCUGGUCCACAGCAUAUUUGAAAUGGAGUGGUGCGAAUUAAAUAAACAUACUAAACACUCUUUAUUAAUGAUUAUGAGACGAAGUUCAAAGCCAAUCGAGCUCACCAGUGCUUACGUUAUCUCGAUGAAUCUCGAUUCAUUCGUGGGUUUACUCAAGACAUCGUAUUCGGCUUACAACAUACUGAAACAAGUGUAAGAGCAGCAGAAAGACAAAAUAGAGGAAAAAUACACUUUAUUCCAAUGCAAGUUUGUGACUAAAACGAUUGCAGUUUAUUUGAUGAUUAAUAUUUAGUACGUAUUCAAAAAUAUUAACUUACGGUAAAUAAUUUUAUUCGAAGAUGAUAUAUAACUCUUGUAAUUACAAUAGCAUUUAAAUAGAAAUCAUUAUAGUAUUUGAAUAGAAAAAUAUUUAAAAAAAUUUAAAAA